AUGACAGACAAUACAGACGGAUCGGACGGGGAAGGGGGCAAGGGAAAUCGUAAACGGCAACCUGUUCCUAAGAACAGCGACGAAUAUAAAGUACGAAGAAACAGAAACAACACAGCCGUGAAGAAAAGUCGCAGCAAAAGUCGUCAGAAAGCGAAAGAAACCGUCGCGAAAGUGAAUAGAUUAAGACAAGAAAAUGACGUGCUGGAACAAAAAGUCCAAAUUUUGACAAAAGAACUGAGUAUUUUGAAAGAACUCUUUUUAACCCACGCUGGGCCAAUAUCAGAUGGAACCUGCCAACAGCAGCCGGACAAUAAUAUUCAAAACGACCACAAAUACUUCAAAAAGGAAUAG